AUGUUGCACGCGGCGGUGCUUAUACUUCUAGCUCACGUUGUUAACACGGAAGAAAUAACAGAGCUUCCGGGAACACAGCAUAUGGAGAUAAACUUUAAACAUUAUUCGGGAUAUUUUCAAGUUUCAGAUACCCAUCAUUUGCAUUACUGGUUUGUGGAAUCACAAAAUGAUGCAAUGAAAGAUCCGUUGAUAUUUUGGUUUAAUGGUGGACCGGGCUGUUCAUCGUUGGAUGGUCUGUUGAAUGAAAUGGGUCCGUAUGUUAUCGGUGACGAUGGAAAAACGCUUCAUCACAAUCCUCAUGCAUGGAAUCAGAUGGCUUCUAUAGUUUAUAUAGAAUCACCUGCUGGAGUCGGUUAUUCAUAUUCUACCAAUGGGAUUAUUAAAACCGAUGAUAACCAGACAGCGCAGGAGAAUUAUGUGGCAAUCAAAGAAUUUUUCAAAGCUUUCCCAAACUUCCGUAAUAAUUCUGUCUAUAUCAUGGGAGAAAGUUAUGGUGGCGUUUACGUACCGACAUUAACUGUUCUUGUUAUUCGUGGUCUCGCAGAAUUCCCGAUGAAUCUAAAGGGCAUCGCACUUGGAAAUGGAUACGUCAGUGAGGUGCUAAAUAUAGAUACAUCAAUACAGUUCGCUUACAGCCACGGAUUGGUUGAUGAAAAAACGUGGAAUGAGCUCCAAAACCGGUGUUGUCAUGGCUGUAUUAAUACAUGUGAACUGACAAAUGUCACCAAAAAGGAAUGUAUAAGCAAGGGGAGUGCUUGUCAUUUUUUAGGAAGUGUCCAAAAAAUUUUCCAAUUUAUAUGGUCUGGUAAUCUAAAUCCGUAUGAUCUGUAUCGUGACUGUAUUUCAAAUCCUGAGCUAAACAAAGCCCGAAUACGUGUCAUGAAAUUUGGUCUUACUGAGCCAGCGAAGAAAAAGAAAUCACUGAAAUCUGUUUUGACCUAUUUAAAACCUAUCAAUUCCUUCUCUGCAGAUGCACCAUGCAUGAACGACUCAGCAAUGAUCCGAUAUAUGAACAAUGCGGAAGUGCGCCGUGCGCUUCACAUUCCGGAGAAUUUGCCUAAGUGGGAUGUGUGUAGUGACGAGAUCUCAACAACAUAUGAGAAAAUAUACGGCGAUAUGGCUCCUUUCGUAAAGGAAAUAAUUAAAGCAGGCGUUCGAGUGUUGUUGUAUUAUGGUGACACUGACAUGGCAUGCAAUUUCAUCAUGGGACAACAGUUUUCUGCUUCGCUCAAUUUGCCGAGGAAACGAAGAAAAGAACCAUGGAUGUUCGAUUCUCAGAUAGCUGGCUUCAAGACAGAGUAUAAAGGUCUAACAUUCCUAACUGUUCGUGGUGCUGGACAUAUGGCACCGCAAUGGCGUGCACCGCAAAUGCAUUAUGUCAUCCAGCAGUUCAUCAAAUCCUUUUAA